AUGCAACCAAUCAAAUUGAAUCAAUGCUAUGAUAUUUCAGCCUCUGAAUCUUGUGAAUCCAGUGAUGAAACUUAACAAAUCAAAAAGAAAUUGAAUAAAAAAAAAAUGAUCACAACAAACCAUGGCAAUGAGAAUAACUUAUCAAUUGUGACUACUUCCUUAACAAAGAAGUCCAUAUUGGCAACGAAAUUAAAACCUUUAAAACCCUUGUGUGAUUUAUCCCAAUUGAAUUAAACUUCGAACAAGAAAAGUGUUCAAUAAUCUUAAUUCAAAACUAGAAUUAGAUCAUUUUCUACUAGAAACCCGGAGUUCAAUUUAAAACAUUGA